AUAUGACAGAAGUAGAGUAUGAAUGCGGAUGUCCUCCACGCAGUGACACUGAGAAGGAACUGGAGUCUCGGAAUGAGCUCGAUUUGACUCAAAUGAGCUUUUGUAAAAUUCGCAUUACCUACGGCGAUUUCAUCGGUAGCCUGGCGUUGAGAAAGUUAGAGAUUGUAUAGCGUUCUUCACUCCAAAGAAGAAUUCUGACUGCAGAAAAAUGGGAAGUACAGAGAUGGACUCAAAGGAGAAGGAUUGUACAAAGAAAUCCUCUAAGAAAAAGCGAUCCCUGCGCCUUAAAAUGCCAGAUAUGAGCACAUUUACAUCCUCUCUUAUGGAUAGAGAGACUGACAGAUUAGAUAAAGACGAAAUGCGAAAGGGUGACACAAGUGACUCAGCUAGUCUAUGUUCAAGGUCUGCAGCCAUCUGCCAACCCCAUACUCCCAUACAUCCUAUCACCAGUCCAGGCUCUCCAAAAAACAUCUUUCCCCGUUCAUUAUCUUCACACCAGGAGUCACCUCCCAAAUCUCCCCACCGUCUCAGUUUCAGUGGGAUCUUCCGCUCCUCGUCCAGUUCAGCCCCUGCCAGCAUCAAGCUCUUUUCCAGAUCAAGAAAAGGUUCUGGGCUUUCAAGUCCUCCCACCACCCCAACACAGAGUCCAGUUCCACCGAUCUUUGCUAUGGAGACAUGCAGUCAUGUUGAGCAAGUGGAGGAACAAUGCUCCCGCUCACUCUCAUCUACCCCUGACACAGGUCAGCGCUUCAGCCUGAGCACCUCCACCACCAAACCCCCUAUCGCCUUGUACACCCUUAACUCUACCUCAUGCCAGAGCUGCAUAGUUGCUGAAGGCAUGCUGGAAAAACUUGAACUUGACAAUGAAGCUGCUGAAGAGCCAGACAGUGACAUUUACAUGCGCUUCAUGAAGUCCCACAAGUGCUAUGACCUCAUCCCUACCAGUUCCAAACUAGUGGUCUUUGACACUACAUUACAGGUAAAGAAAGCUUUUUUUGCCUUGGUUGCCAAUGGAGUUCGAGCUGCCCCAUUAUGGGAAACUAAAAAGCAAAGCUUUGUGGGAAUGUUAACAAUCACAGAUUUCAUCAUAAUUCUGCACAGAUACUACAAAUCACCACUGGUGCAAAUAUAUGCGCUGGAGGAGCAUAAAAUUGAGACUUGGAGAGAACUUUACUUGCAAGAAACAUUUAAACCCUUAGUCAGCAUAUCUCCAAAUGCAAGUAUAUUCAAUGCUGUUUACUCACUGAUAAAAAAUAAGAUUCAUCGUUUGCCAGUGAUCGACCCAGUCACAGGAAACGCCUUGUAUAUCCUCACACACAAGAGAAUCCUGAAGUUUCUUCAGCUCUUUGUGUGUGAGAUGCCUAAACCAGCCUUCAUAAAGCAGACCCUGGUGGAGCUGGGUAUUGGCACAUACAGCAACAUUGCCUACAUUCACCCAGAUACACCCAUUAUUAAAGCACUGGACAUGUUUGUGGAGAGGAGAGUAUCUGCCCUGCCAGUUGUGGAUGUUACUGGAAAGGUUGUGGACAUUUACUCCAAAUUUGAUGUCAUUAACCUGGCUGCUGAGAAGACAUACAAUAACCUGGACAUCACAGUCACUCAGGCUCUGCUGCAUCGCUCACAAUACUUUGAAGGGGUUAUGAAGUGUUACCGGCAUGAAACAUUAGAGACUAUUGUGGACAGGAUCGUCAAAGCUGAGGUGCACAGACUGGUUGUGGUAGAUGAUAAUUCCAGCAUCGAGGGCAUCAUCUCCCUUUCUGACAUCCUGCAGGCGCUGGUACUUACCCCCGCAGUGUCUCUUUCGGACCCACUGAGGCAAGCGAGACACACAAGAUGACAGCAUGACUGAGUUACGAGACAACAUUUUGUAGAUGAAUGAAAAAUCAUCAUCAUAGAUCCUCAUUCCUAACCAGAUUCAGAGAAGUGGACAUAUGGACGUUUUAUAUCCUCAUUUAAGGACUGAAGUUGUGGUGGGUUGAACGAAAGCAUUGGAAUCUGCAGCUGAAGGAACUGAUGUGAUCAUAAAGCACACAAUAUUGGACAUGUUUAUGGUCGGCCAGUGGUGUGAAUGUGUCACUGUGCUGUGCAUACUGUGCUGUGCUGAUGGUUUAGAGGCCCUCGCGUAAUCAGGCACAGUGAGAAACCAGGCACUGUAAUCCACUUUUAGUUAAGAACUUGUAAAUUGUCUUAACUGAAGACCUCAGUGAGAAUUGUUUAUAAAGCUUAACAGAGACUCAUAUGGAUGUGUAGGUUGUGGAAAAGCAGGGUUUUGAUUCUUGAGCAACAGGUAACAAUUGUUGUUUCCAUGGCAUAAAUGCUUUUAAUUAAAUACAGUUUUUCCCUCAAUAUGUAUAUAUUUUUAAAAUACUCCCAGAUAUAAUAUAAUAUAAUAUAAUAUAAUAUAAUAUAAUAUAAUAUAAUAUAAUAUAAAAUAAUAUAAUAUAAUAUAAUAAAUAGAAUAUUAAUAUAAUAUAAUAUAUAUACACACACAUAUACUUGUGUGUAUAUAUGGUUGACGAGGACUCUCUGUAGACGUAAUGUAUUUUAUACUGUAAAAACGGUGGCUUAUCUGGCCUUAACAUAUUCCUUUCCAAAUGUCAAAAGACUGUUAAGUAUGAUUUUAAGCAUUUGUAAUUAUGAGGACACAUGUCCUUGUAAACCACUUUAAUGGAGUAAAACUAGGUCAUACAUGUCAUUAUACAAUUUUGUCUUAAAUAAACCACAUAAACUUGUAUACAUUGCACACACAAACAGAGAGAGAGAGAGAGCGCCUUUUUAUCAUUGUCAGAAUGGUGUGGAAUACAUGUGCACCAGCUGUCUUGUGCACUAGAAAAGCAUGAAUGUAAAAGCUUGCAUUUGCAAAGAUAGCCAUGCAUUUUUGCACUCUUGUCAUGUGCUGAUACUGUCAUAUCCUGAUAAUGAAAUGAGAUACUGUCAAAACAAUGUGACAUGUAAUAGGUUAAAAACUGAAAAAUCAUGUUUGUUUUUAUUAUUGCUGUCAAUGAAAGUUAGGGCUGUUUGGUCAAAAGAGAAAUAUAUGUGCAUUUUCACACAGAAAUAACAAAUGUUUUAUGUGGUUGAGCUAAAAUAUAUUUAUAUUG